AUGGCGAACAAUACCAGCGCCAUGGAUGCGCUUCUGAGCAACCAUUCCCGUGAGAAUCGGGGACCCGAGGUUCUGGCAGCAUGCAUCAUUAGCAUGUUCUUCUGUGUGCUGGCUACUGUGGUCCGCCUCGUGGCCCAGGCCACCAUCCGCCGCCUCUUCACACCAGAUAGUAUCCUUAUCAUAUUUGCAUCCAUACUAGCCCUGGCAGUGUCCAGUUGCACCAUUGCUGCUGUGAAGAAUGGACUAGGUCGCCAUGAGUACUGGGUUAUGAAGGAGGAUCCCCAUCCCCCCGAGAGAACGGCGUUCAUUUUCGAGAUGGGCUAUGUGGUUACCGUGUUGCAAGCCGCAGCCCUCAUGUUCAACAAGCUUUCUAUCCUCUUCUUCUACCAGCGCGCCUUCACCUCCAUCAUAAGAUCCCUACGCUACACCAUCUGGGCCCUCUUUGUCUUCUGCACGGGGCUAGGUGUCGGAUCUACCGUCGCGUUUAUUUGCGCCUGCGUACCACCUCAAAUGUUCUGGUUACGCGUAUAUCCGAUCUUCGGCUUUGAACCCCCGGAGCCCUUGCACGGACACUGCGAGCCCCAGCGCUUGCAUUUGGGCGUUCCCCUACUUCUCGAUCUGUUCUCCGAAGUGGUUAUGCUCUUGGUCCCGGUAUUUGUUCUUUGGAAUCUCCAGAUGCCGUGCCGCAAGAAGGCUGCGGUGAUCUUUACGUUUUCGUUGGGUGCGUUCGUGACAGCCAUCUCGGCGGUGCGUUUCUAUUAUUCAUGGAAACUAGAGAACGGGGGAGAUUUGUCUUGGGAUGACACGGACAGUUAUAUGUGGAAUAGUGUGCAGCUCUGCUGGGGUGUGGUGACAGCGUGUAUCCCUGCAUCAGCGCCGUUGCUGCGCGUGGUCCAGAAAUCAACCACGGUAUCUAAGUCCCGCCGUCCGUUCAAACCACAUGGGUAUAUGAUGUCGACGAACGGUCGGGUUGCCCAAGGCAAAGGGCAAAGACAUGCGCAGCGCCUCGAUAGUGUAACUGAGCUGACUAACAGUUCUUGGGAUGAGGGGGAAUCGGGCCCAUGGACGAACUCUGCUGAUCCAUCGCUGGAGCUUGAGGAGGGCAGGAGGAACAAGCAUCAGCCAUGA